UGUGAGGAGUCAAGGAUGCAUGCAUAAAAAGCAAGCAAGAAGGUGGGGGCGCUAAGAAAAGGAAAAAAAAAGUUGUGGCCUGUGGUCGCCUCCAGGCUGCACGGGGGCCGCUUGACUGACACAAAACAGCCAGAAGAGAGAAGCGCUCCCAUCGCACUCCCAUCUUGCUCCCAUCGCACUCAGCUUCAGCCAGCGCUAAGAGAAGGAGGAGACACGUUCAAGUGGGCAUGUUGCGGAAAGGAAAAUGUCCAGCAAAGCCACUUUAGCCUUCCUCAUCUAUGGAAUCAUCAUGCAUCACAGCAUGGGGCUUGGCUUUCCCAGUGUGAGACUAGACGGUGAGGUUUAUGACGAGGAUGGACAUUCCCUGCCGUCCAUGGACUACGACAGACAGCAGCUGGAUGUGAGAAGUCCUCCGUCUGUAACCGAAGACGUGUACUCUUUGUACUACCCGCCAGAGAACAGACUGGAAAGACACGCAGACGGCAUGUUUAAUAAAGCGUACAGGAAAGCACUGGGUCAGCUAUCAGCCAGGAAGUAUCUUCAUUCUCUCAUGGCAAAGCGUGUCGGUGGCGGAAAGGCCACGGAUGAGAACUGGGAGCCUCUGUCCAAGCGACACUCGGACGGCAUCUUCACGGACAGCUACAGUCGCUACCGAAAGCAGAUGGCGGUGAAGAAGUACCUGGCGGCGGUGCUGGGGAAAAGACUUGAAGACGUAGAUUUCCAUCCUAUUCUUCAAGACAUAGACUUUGAUGCCCUCCCGGACGGGGAUGACUUUGAGGCUUUUUUGGGGGACUGGCUCAAACGGGUCUCUCCCAAGUUCCUGGUGAGUUUUAGUUUCUUGUCCAUGAGACAAGAGACAGAGGGGUGUGUGUGCCCCCCCCCCUCCUUCAUCUCCCUUUUUUUCCCCUCUCACUUUAAAUUCCAAAAUCCCUCAUCUGUACUCCUGUCCCUUUGUGGAAAAUCCCAAAUCCGGCCACUGGAGCACGUUUGGGGUCUUUCUUGUCCUUUUCUUUCAUAAGCUUUGCUUGUGUCUCCCAACCCAUCAACAGUAACAAGUACCACCAUGUACCAAAAACGAGCAGUUCUCCUCCAGUCCUGUAGGUGCCAGUGAAGCACAGAUCUGGACCAAUGCUUCUUCUUCUUCUGCUGUUGUGUUGUUGUUGGUCAUGAAAAAAAAAACAAUCCUUGUUACAUGGUUGCUGCUGGUGAGAGACGCAUGAGGCAGUUUGUGUUUGAACCUUCUGUGCUUCCGUUUCUCUUCUUAUGUCACAUGAACCUAUGUAAAAAAAUUACAUGAUUAAAAAAAAACAAAAAAAAAUACAGUGUGCAACAAAGCACACACACCGCUCUGCCGUGUGGAUGAUUCUUCUUCUCACUGGGGCUUCAUGUUUGCAACGUAUUGAUGAAUCAAUGAUAGGAUGAUGAUAGGAUGCAGGGACAUUAAAAAGCAGGGAAAAGAAGUAAGUGGAGUGUCAAUGAGGAAAGUAGGCUGAUGUCUUUUUUUUCAUUUUGCACUUUUCUCCAGGCUUUGUGACGCAGGAAGCACUUUGUGGCUGUGGUGCCUUGCAUCGGCUUUUUUUUUUGUGUGUGUUUUUUCAACUGAAAUGGCCUCCGAAAGACGGCUAUUUAGUGGCCCUACGAUGCUGCACAUCAUGUUUCACGCCUCCAUCAGACUGUCCCUCGUCUUUUACUUGUGUAUGGUAACCACACAGCCAAUAGCCUUAAAAAAAUAAUAAUAUAUAGAUAAAUACAUAUAUAUUUACUGUACAGGAAGUGAUUCUAUAGUUAGGAGUAAAUGUCAAGUCAAUAAAUGUUUCAAAAAAAAGUGCUGAUUUGUUUGAAUAAAUUUUUGUAAACAACAAAAAUGUUGUAAUGUGUGCUUGUGACGUUCAAAACAAU